AGUGGACAUUAAUUUUGCUGCAUCAAGUACAUCAAGUAAGAGUCAUGGUAACUGACCAAUCCGAGCGCCUGGAGACUUGCCUCGAGGUUGUUGAUGCAGGAUGUACAUAUUCAAUUGACACAACUAACAACUGGGUAUAGCUUUAUAUGCCAUUCCCUCUAAGAACUGACGACUUUCGGUCAACAUGCAUGUCUCAAGCUUCAUUCUGCUAUUAACUGUUGUCACCACUGUCACAGCACAACCAGAAUGUUUAGACGGACAACUUCGUCUUCCUGAUUAUGACGUACCCACACUUCUUGAGUACUGUAACCAUGGAGAAUGGAGAUGGAUUUGUCAUGAUGAAAUUCAGUGGAAUAUUGAGAGAUCAAAAGCUACUUGUGGACAACUGGGAUAUUCGGAUAAACUUGGACACGUGAUCGAGGAUUCUCAAACUGGUUCAGGAAGAGUAGUCACUCUGAGUGACUGCAAUGGACCAGGACUAGCAGAGUGUAUGGUGACACCCAGUGACAGCUGUAACUCUCUUGUGCAACUAGUGUGUACCACGGCUAACUGUGCUGGUAGACAGACAAGACUGGUAGGUGGAUCCACUGACAGAGAGGGACGAGUGGAGGUGUGUGUGGGUGGCAGGCGAUGGAGGACAGUUUGCACUGGCAAUCAAGAACUGGCAGUUCUGGCAAGAGGCGUUUGUUUACGAAUAGGAAAUCGAAGUUUAGUGUUAGAAGGAAGCACUGUGGCAGUAACUAACUCAUUUCCUCCUGGAGCAUUCCCAGAGUACAGCCUGGAGUGCAUGCAGCGACCCGCUGAAGAUUUGCGCUGUAGUCUAGUUCAACAACAAUGUGACAGCUUUGUGGAGCUUCAAGUUGUUUGUAGGAACUACGAAGAUCUACGCAAUGAAUGUUCUAGGACUAGUGCACUGUCUACAUUGUCAACUAACGUACAUGCAACUACACCCUUGCCUAGUACAACAUGUGGCCCUAUCAAAUCAGACAGUAAAUGUACUGGCAAUUCCACCACCUUCAUUGCUGUCAUUGGUGUACUGGUGGCUCUGAUACUAGCUGUAUUAGUUGGUUUAGUGUCCUGUGUUAUUCUACUCAGGAGAAGACCAACUCAACACAAACGAAGUGUUGAUCCAGCUAUCUCAACAAGGAGCAACCAGAGCUACACACAACAGGACAGCAACGAACAGCUUUACGACGAAGCUAAAGCACCUGACCAGACCUACAGUAGGCUGAACAGAGGUCAAGCACAGGAUCAUAAGACGGAUGAAAUUGCUACCUAUGAUUACGCUGAUCCCAACCAGAUAAGAGUAGAGUGUUCCCAAGCAACCAACCCACCACCAGUGAGUGGUGAAGCUAUCGUGAGAGAAGAGGAGUUCUACAUUGCUGAGGAUCACACGUACGCAGCUGUCAAUAAGAAAGCUAAAAAGAAAAAGAAAAAAGACGAUGGUGAGGGAGACAAAAACAAUUCAUCACUUUAAACAGAAACAUUUCCAAUAAACGUGCUGACUGUGUGUUCAAGUACUUGAUUUGUGUGUUACACUGUACAUUAGUUUUCAUUCACUUCACUAUCAGAUUCUGUCUGUGUGUGCUUAUUGUGAUUCGUGGCAGAAGCAGUAGUUAUUAAUGAUACCGGUAUUAUGAGCACUUAUAAUUAUU